UAAUAGCGUCUAGUCUUUCCACUUUAAUAAAUUAUGAUUCGAAUUUCGUUAUACACGAACUUCAUAAAAUAACUCUUAGAGACUACAUAGGAGAAUAUUUAGUAAUUGAAAGCCUACGAAGUUUAACAAAAGUUGAGACAUCGUUAAUAAUUGAAAAGGGAUCGCCCUGGGUAAUUCACAACACAAGUAAAAAAUAGCGCUAAAAAUAUUUAAUCCAAAUGGUUUUUCUCCAUCCUUCGCGUCGACCUCGUCUUUCAGUUCAUUCACAAAGGUCUACACAAAUUAGUGACAUUUAAAAAAGCACUAAUCUUAUAAUCCGCUAUGCAACAAGUCGGCGGGCGGGCGGCGCGGCGGCGCGGCGGGCGGGCGGGGCGAGCUUCAGCCAUGGAACUUCAGUAUCGCCGCGACCAUGGCCACUGACGGACGGACGAAGCGAUCGCAGUCGAUAUGCGCGCCCGCCUCCGCGAGUAUGGAAGCACUCGCCGCGCCGAUGGAGACGACGCCGGCCCCGCGGCGGCGACCGGCCGCCAGGUCGCAGUCGGCGAGGAUUACCGGUGGGCGGUCGGUGCGGCACCGGCGGCAGCAGCAGCAGCAACAGCAGCUGGACCGUGAGACCAGGGCCCGGUACAGUUCAGAGCCGCGGCUGGCCGAGACGGAGACGCCACCGCAGGUGCGCCGUCAGGCGUCCGCGCGUCGCCGCCCGCCCGCCGGCCAGCACGCCCAGCCGCGCCGCUCCAACGCGUUCCUCGACGUGCCGCGCACAACGCACCAGCCCGAAGAGGAGCCUGACGAGGACUCCUACAGGCUGCGCACCUUCAACAUCACACAGAAAGGAGGCAUAGUAAAUCGCGGCGACUCGUUCCGUCGGCGGAGGUCCCGUUCUGGCAGCCUGGCCCCAUCCUCCCCUGCCCAGUCAGCGCCAGAGACGACCGAGCGACGGCCAGUGGCGUGUCACCGGGUCGCGAUGGUAGGCGCUCCGGGGGUCGGCAAGACAGCACUAAUCAGCCAGUUUCAAACCAGCGAGUGUAUCAACGCGUAUGAUAGGCAGAGAGAUACAGACAGCACCGAACAGAAGGUAUCCAUCAUGCUGAAUGGUGAAGAAUCAGAAUUGUACUUCGUCAACUGCACUAGCACAAAGGAAGAAAUCGAGCGAUCCGAGCCGCCGGACGCGUUCGUAGUGAUCUACUCUGUGGUAGAUAAGGCGUCGUUCCAGAAGGCGGAGCAGGAACUAGCGCGGCUGCUGGACUGCGAUAUGCUGCGCGCCAGGCCUGCGCUGCUCGUCGGCAACAAGAUCGACUUGGCCAGAAGUAGAGCUGUUUCCACGCAAGACGGCAAAUGUCUGGCCUGUACAUACAAAGCGAAAUUCAUCGAGGUGUCAGUCGGCAUCAACCACAACGUAGACGAGCUCCUUGUAGGCAUCCUCAACCAGAUCAGGCUGAAGAAGCAACAGUAUUCUGCCGACGGCGGCAGGGAGUCUUCCCCUGCCCACUGGUACAAGUCCAGGGGCGUCGUCAGGGCAAGUAUGAAAGCGCGGCAAAUGUUCACCUGGAUCUUCGGUAAAGAGGAUUCCAAAUUCAAAAACUGUGAAAAUUUACACGUCCUGUGAGUGGAGAAUGACGGACCCGUGUUCGUCUAAACGGAAUAUGUACUAUUGUGAUGAGUGAAACGGAACGUGGCUGUAUGUGUUAGUUUAAGUUUGCGGGCAACACUGUUUUGUAAUUUACGGGAUUUGCGUAGUCUUGUUUUGUUAUUUUUAAAGAUUUACUUAUGUAUCCCUGCAAAAAAAAUCCUUAAAAGAUGAAAUAUUUGUGUAAUAGUUUCUCAAACAACUAGUAUAAAAAUUGAAGAAUGUUUAUAACAGAACGAACACACUUAGCUUCCUUUGCCUAUUAUGAGAAAAGCUUCACAAAAUAUUUAAAUAUUUAUACACACCGCACGAUACCAAAUUAAACUUUAAUAUAAUAAAAUAAAAACAAAUUACACAAAUUCCCGCCAAAACACCAACCGACACAAACAGUGUUGCAAACAAUAAACGCCAACUGUAUGGUAUUUAUAUUAAUGUGCCAAUUUUUGAGAGAAUUUAAUAUAUUUAGAUAGUUUUGUUUAAGUUAAUUAAAUGUAUACGUAAGGUAUAUCAGUAUUGUCCCUAAUGGUGCGAGUAGAGGUUCGUUAUAAGUUCAUGAAGGUCGAUAGAAAUCAAAUAAGUACUUAGCGAUCUUGGACAUCAUUAAUAAAAAUAUCUUAGAAGAAAAAUUUCACUUCUCGUUUUAAUUGAGCCUUAGUAAAGUGACAGGUAUUGCAACGUAAAUCUUGAAGUCAUUUUGAGACUUUCAAAAAUAAGUGAAAUAACAACAUAAUCUUCAAAACCAAAAAACCCAACUACUACAUCAAAAGUACCCAAUAAUUGUAAUGUUGUCCUAUGAAUACAUUAAUGCUUGGCAACAAAAAUACAUCCAUGAUAGGUAUCCAUCGAUCCUGCUAAAUAUCUACGCAAACUAGUGUUUGAUUUUUAUCGACACUUUAUCGAAAUCGAUAAACGUUCGAGCACCAACGUUGUCGAGAAUAUCAGCAAUAUUUAUAAGUGAUACUUAUCUUUUAGAUUUACGAUAUGUUAACAUUAUUGGACCACGAACGCAUAUAGUACCUGUAGAGUAACAUUGUAAUAUAUAUCAAUAAUUUAUCGCUGUAAUUGAAUUAUGAAUUACAAUCGUCGUAGGGGCGAAAGAUCUAUUUUGAUAUUCCCAAACCAUAGGGAUUUAAUAAUAAAGAUUAGCUAGUUAGUUACCUUAUUCAUAAACGUUGUUAAAAUAUGAUUAAAUCACUAUUUUGUUACCAUAAGUACGAGAUUUAAUAUGAAAGGAAUACUAUAAAUCAUUAUUAUGAAUGUAACGUUUAUUUUCGAGGCCUUUGAUCUUAAAAUCGCUUAUUUAUAAUUGUGUAGUUAUUAACUUUAUUUAGGAUAUUUUUUAUAUGUUACUAACUUGACUUACGUCUGUAUUUAAAGAAGUUUUAGGGGGAAAUGUAGGAAGGUGCUAAUUUAAAAUCUAAAGUUUAGUUACAGCGAUAAAAUGUAGUUUAUUUAAUAAAUCCUUCUGGGUCCAUAAUAUUCCUUCCAUCCCAAAUAACCUAUCUAUUAUAAUGUUUAUGGUAUUAAGAGUUAGACGGCUUUUACAUUAGAGGCAUGCUUUUUGGUUUGGAAAUAACAUUAGCUUGCAGAAAUCAACAAAUCGUAGAAACCAUUUUGCAAGAAACAGUAAACUUACAUAAUCAAUAUAGAGGUUUAUAAUCUUGAAACUUCUUGGUUCUAAUGUAAAGGUCGUUUAAAAUAAAGCCUUUAAUGCACAAAGGCACAAUAUAUAAUAUCCUGCAUCUAACUUCAGACUACCCCCUGUUCGUAAUGGAAUUGUAACGGAUUUCCGAUUCUGAUUCCGGGCCUCUAUAAUUACGUUUUUCGCUGGUCAUUUGAUUUCCAAUUACGAUUCCGGGCCUCUAUAAUUACAUUUUCUGCUGGUAAUUUUUUGAUAUUCUGUGUCUCA